AAAGCGCUUUUGUUUUAUAUUUUCCUCAAACCCUCUGCAACUUUCCCGGCAAGCCACUAUGGCGGAGAAACCUCCUUCCUCCUCCUCCAGUGGAGUCUUAAAGGAAAUCUUGCUCUCUUACACCUACGUCUCCAUCUGGAUCACCCUCUCAUUCUCCGUCAUUAUCUACAACAAGUACAUUCUCGAUCCCCAGUUAUACAACUGGUCUUUCCCCAUCUCCCUCACCUUAAUCCACAUGGCUUUCUGCUCCACUCUCGCUUUCAUCUUUGUCCGAGUUCUCAAAAUUUUCAGCUCAGUUUCCAUUCCUAAAUCCACCUAUCUCCGCUCGGUCAUCCCCGUCGGUGCCCUCUACGCACUAUCUCUCUGGCUCUCCAACUCCGCUUACAUCUUCCUCUCUGUCUCCUUCAUUCAAAUGCUCAAAGCUCUCAUGCCAGUCGCUGUUUACUCCAUCAGCCUUCUCUUUAAACGGGACCGUUUCAAGCCCACCACAAUGCUCAACAUGCUUUCUGUCUCGCUCGGCGUCGCCGUCGCCGCCUACGGCGAAGCACGUUUCAACCUCUGGGGUGUGGCUCUGCAACUCGGCGCCGUCGUCUUCGAGGCCACCAGGCUUGUGAUGAUCGAGAUGCUCCUUAAUUCGAGAGGAAUCAAGUUGAACCCAAUCCAGACACUGUACUACGUGGCUCCCUGUUGCUUCAUCUUCUUGCUCGUGCCAUGGAUUUUCGUGGAGCUCCCACUGCUGAGAGUUUUGUCGAACACGUUUAGCGUGUCGGGUUUCGACGUUCUUAUCUUCGGAACCAACUCGUCGUGCGCUUUCGCGUUGAACCUCGCUGUGUUUUUGCUGGUUGGGAAGACGUCGGCGCUGACAAUGAACGUCGCCGGCGUCGUCAAGGACUGGUUACUGAUUACCUUCUCGUGGUCGGUGAUCAAGGACACCGUCACUCCGUUGAACUUGGCGGGUUACGGGCUUGCUUUUGUAGGUGUUGCGUACUACAACCGGUGCAAGUUUCUGGCGUUGAGGGAGCAGGAGGCGCAGAGGAAAGCUAUCAAGUCUGACGAGGAGGCCGCCGCGUUAAUGCGGCAGAGACAAGGGAACAAACAUUCACAAGCUUGA